UCUCUCUCUCUCUCUCCAAAAUCUCAUAUGCAGCAUUUCAGCGGAGCUCAAAACCCUUCCAAAACCCUAACCCUAAUUGCUCCCGAACCUAUCCUCUCCGUCUCAAAAUCCCUAGCCUAAUCUCUAUCCAUCCCUAAUAUUAAAAAAAAAACCUAACCCAGACAUCUGUUAAAUUCCUCUCUCAAAACCCUAACCCUUAUAUCUCUUAAUCACUCUUAGAAAACCCUAACCCUAGUCCCUCUAAAAAACCAUAGCGCACCUUCCACUCCGAAUCUCCUUCCAAAUCCAAGCAGAAAAGAUGAGAAAUCCAUGGAAAAUGCUGAUCUUCCGCUCGUUCUCUCGAUUCCCAAACCAAGCCGCCAGAAUCCAAUCUGUCCAUCAUCAGGUAAGAAAUCCAAAUCUUCCCCUGAAAUCUCAUUUUCUCUCUUCAUUUCUCACCGAAAAAUUCCCCUUUCUCCCUCCCGGUUUCGGCCUGAAAUUCCAAAAUCCUGCAAACCGUGGCUUUUCAUCAGAACCUGAGGCUUUAGAGUCGAAGGACCUUGAUCACGCUCCAUUGAUCGAGAUCUUCUCGAAGACAGGGAAUCCUGAUGAAAUUAAAGCCGAAUUAGAAUCGAUUGAUCUAUCAGUGGACUACGAGACUGUCUUAUCAGUGUUGAGGAUUCUUGAUCAGGAUCCUGAGACCGCUCGGAGGUUCUUCGACUGGGUAUCAGAGACUGACAAUGGGAAAUUGAGCUCGAAAUCGUAUAAUCUGAUGUUGCGAAUUCUGGGUCGGAAAGAUUAUUUGAAAGAAUUUUGGGAUUUGGUUUCAACUAUGAAGAAAAAAGGCUAUGGAAUUUCAAAGAUCACAUUCGAGAUGGUUUCGGAUAAUUUCAAUAAAGAGGGAAUGCUGAAGGAUUUGGAUACACUGAAGGAAAUGUAUAAUACACCCAGACCUAUGGAGGAUUCCUUAGAAAGGGUAUGUUUGAAAGUAUGCAAGGUAAUUAGAGAAGACGAAUGGGGAGAAAGCGUCAAAGCAAAGUUGGAAGAUUUUGGUACUGGUUUAUCUAAUGAUUUGAUUUCAACGGUCUUGGAACGGAUUGAGAUUUAUCCGUCGAAGGCUUUGAUGUUUUUCAGAUGGGCUGAAGAAAACCCAUCUUUCAAACACAAUGCCAAGACCUACAAUUUGAUGGCAAGUAUUUUAGCGAGAGAAGAUAGUAUUGAUGACUUUUGGGUCAUCGUUAAUGAGAUGAAGGAUGCAGGGUAUGAAAUGGAGAUGCCGACAUAUGUUAAGGUUUCGGGUCGGUUCUUUAAGAGGAAAAUGUUGAAGGAUGCUGUGGAUUUGUAUGAGUACAUGAUGGGAUGUUCAGAUAAGCCACCUGCUCAAGAUUGCAUGUUUCUUUUACGGAAAAUUGUGGUUGGUGAAAACCCGGAUAUGGAUUUAUUUUCUAGGGUCAUGAGGGUUUUCACAGACAGAGGGAAUGUCUUGACCAGGACUAUUUUUGAUGGGGUUCUAAAGUCAUUGACGGGGGCUGGUAAAUUGGGGGAGUGCGAUAAGAUCUUGAAGGCAAUGGAAGAUGGUGGGUUUGUGGCGAAUAGUGCUGUGUAUAGUCAGGUUGUUCUUGGGCUCUGUAAGGCUGGGAAACUGGAUGAAGCAUGUGAGUUCUUGGAGGAAAGAGAAGCAGCAGGACAUGAUCCUGAUUUGAAGGCAUGGGCAUCUUUGAUUCAAGGGUUUUGUGCAGCUGGAGAAAUGGAUAAAGCUGCUUCUCGUUUUAGAAGGAUGGUUGAAAAGAAGGGUGCAGUCGAUGCGGGUGGUGCUUUUGAAGUGUUGGUGAAUGGGUUUUGUCUCAAAAAUAGAGAGGCAGAUGCAUGCAAGCUUCUUAUCGAGAUGGUUAACAGAAACCAGUUGCGGCCUUGGCAUGUUACAUACAAGAUGUUGGUGGAGAAGUUAUUGGCCCAAAAGAGCCUUAAGGAAGCUUUGAGCCUUCUUGGGUUGAUGAAAAGUCAUGGGUUUCCGCCAUACAUAGAUCCGUUUAUCAGCUAUAUUUCCAAGUCUGGGUCUGGGGAUGAUGCUGUGAGUUUUCUGAAAGCAAUGUCAGUGAAGAGGUUCCCAUCUACAUCAGUGUUUGUCCGUAUGUUUGAAGAGUUUUUCAAGGCAGGAAGGCAUAAUGCAGCACAUGAUUUCCUUUCUAAGUCUCCGGGCUAUAUCCGUGGCCAUGCUGAUGUUUUGAAUCUCUUUUGUUCUAUGAAGACUGAAGAGGCUGCUACUGCUGCCAGUGUUGCUUAGCUUGUUUACACCAUGAAUUCUUGUGUUGUGUAUUCCAAGAGGAAUUGAAUCACCAUCUUCUGAUUUGAGGUGACUGAUGCCGAGUAACCACGCCUAAUAGAAGAUCUUUUUGGGUCUCAGUUACAUGAAGAUAAAAGUCAUCUUCAUGGGAUAUAGAAGCCUCUCUAGUCGCUAGAGUUCAAUUCCAGCAGUGUUUCAGGUUAUGUUCGCGACUGAUUGCUGUGUCACAGGGUGAUUUGGCUGUGAUGUAUUAGGGAUCCAGGGAGGCUGAUGAUUUUAUAGGCCUGAUAUUUUGCUCAUUCCAUCAUGGUGGGGUUCACGUAAUGCAGGGGUGGAUGGAAUAUAAAGAGCAUUGGUAGGCCAACUGACCUAAAAAAAACAAUGGACGACCAUCCGAUAACCUCCUGAUUCAUAUGGUGGGCGUCCAACUUUCAUGGUGGCUUGGAUGAUUGUAACACGACCCAGAUCCAAUGGCUAGUCUUGACUUACACUCUGACAAUUCCUAUGGAAGUGGUGUGAUAUAUAUCCCAUCUAAAAAUAAAUACAUAAAUAAAUGAGACCAACAGAAGAGGACUUCAGUUUGCUUAUGUCUCUCCAGCUUGUGUUGCCUCAUGGGUCCCACAUUGCAAGGAUUUUCCAAUGAUCAAAACCAUCCAUAUUCAAAGCGUCAAUAAGGCGAAACGUGUUAGCGAGCCUGGUUUGAAUUAUGCAAGAGGAACUCAAAAGAGAUCAACUUGGACAUUUUCUGCAUAAAUCCCGGCCUUGAUAUGUAUUGUGAACCAUUGAUGCUGUAGCCAGUUGCAUCAGCUACAAGUUGAGAUAUGCUGGUGAAAUUGCCGGACCCAUUGGUGGCCACUGCAAAAUCUGCACCUGGGAAAUCACCUCAUGUUGCUUUACAGAGAUCAACGUAGUGUGGAGAAGUGAGGCUUUACAGAGAUCGAGGUAGUGUGGAGAAGAAGCUGGAUUUGUAAAAUGGCAUGAUGGGGAGAAAAUUCACAACAUGCUCAUGAGCUAUGAUGCAGAUGAGGACUCUUUAUAACGUAGUUGUGUGUUGAGCCUGGGCAUGGUUUGAUGCAGUCCACCCCACUGAAACAAGGUAUUUGGUAUAUUAAUGAGAUGAUUAAUCACCUACAGUUGGCUAUGCCUGUAUAGAUAGUUGGUCUUUGAUUUAUUUCAAAGAUUUAGCCUGCUUGAUGAAUGAACCUGCUUGAUUUUUACCCCACGUUUUCUUCAGGUGGAACCCUUUUUGGAUGGUUCAGAUAACCCUGUAGAGGUGAUAUAUUAGUGGUAAAGAUGGGGGCUGCAUGCUGUGAUUCCAUUUUGUAGUGAUAAGUGGGUCCGGCGAUCUGAUAAUCCAGAAAUUGGUGUGUUGCACACCACUGAUAUGUGGGUGGGUAUGGUUUGUUUCAGAGCAUUAUUGAAGUUUUGAAGUGAGAAAUGCUGGUGAGAUAUUCAUAAGGAGAGAUUGGUGAUUCAAGGGAAUAUCAUGGGAUUAUGUAUAGGGGCUUUAGCGCACCAUGUUGGAUGGUACACAUGUUAGAGAUUUGGGCUAUUCAUUAGGUAGGUGUGCUGUCAAAAUACCAUAUGAAAAAUGAAUUAGCACAGUUAAUGAAAUGUGGGUCCUAUGAUUUGAUAAUCCAAACCAUUGGUUUGCUGUGCCCCACUAUGGUCUGUGGGUGGUCAUAGUA